CCGCGCCAUGCGGAGACGGGCCUGCCGCACCAGGACAUCGUCACGGACCACGACGGAGUACAGCGUGAAAACAACGGCAGCAUGCAGGACGAGGCAUCUAAGGUGUCGCAUCCGGAGGAAAUGCCGACCAAAGUCCUGCUGCUGCGACGAUGGAGCGACAUGCCGCGGCACCUCCAAUUCAAUCCGCACAUCCUCACCGGCUACAGACCGCUCAUGACGAUUCGUCAAUGCCUCGGUAGUCUCUUCUACAUACACAAUGAGACCGUCAACAUCCUGACGCACGGAUUCGCUAUUUUGUACAUGCUGGUGACUGUGCCGCAUCUGCUUCCGUGGAAUACAAAAGAGACACUCGUGGAAAUUCUGUCCUGGUGCCAUUUGAUUGGCGCGGUCAGUCCGUGGAUCGGAUCUUUCUUGUAUCAUCUCUUUAUGAACGUGAACUACGACGAGGUCUUCUACAGAACACUGCUAAAAGUCGACAUGAUCGGCAUAUGGCUAUGCCAGAGUUUCGGAGCUAUACCGAUGAUGGCGGCAGCCGUCCAUUGCCUUGCCGAUAAUAUCUGGUACUGCUGCAUUUUUAUUUACUGUUUCCUUAGCAUUUGGGGUCUUUUAAAGGCAAUGACUGCGAGAUCACCGUGGGAAAGGCGAUUGUGUUUCGCCCCUCCUUUUCUGAUGAGGAUGUUAGUAAUGGCACUUAGGUGUUUCGGCGUUAGUGGCGGAUCACCUGAUGCUCUUAUUCAUAUAAUAUUACAGGAUCUCAUAGCUGUGAUAGGUGCAACAAUUGGUGCUCUCCGCAUUCCAGAGAAGUGGAUUCCCGGUAGAUUGGAUUUAGUGUUGAACUCCCACAAUGUGAUGCACGUAAUGGUCGUUUUGGCAGUAUGUUCCAUGCAUACUGCAACGUUGAAGGAUCUUGCCUGGAUGUCCGAUCCGUCUGCGUGCAACAAAACAAACUCUCUUCCCUCUGGUCGCGAGGAAUUGUGAUGAAGAACGCGACGGUAUUCUGCAGUCUGUGAUAAAUUGAGCCUAUAACAACUGGCGAUCACAUAGUCGAGCGCUUCGUGUCACUCAGAGACCAGAAAAGUGCUGAAUUCUAUACUAGAGAUAUAUAAAUUUACAGAUUAAAUUUAAAGAAAAAAAAGAAAUUAUAUAUAUAUACAUAAAUAUUAUAUAUAAAACAGAGUUUAAUACACUGUUACUUAAUUAAUUUAUGUGAUCAUCGCGGGAGGGUUAAGUACAAUCAUGAGUACAAAGUAUAUAUUUAUCAUAUCGAAUAUCUCACAAAAUUGGGAAUAUAUGAGGUUAUUCUGCAAACAAUAAAAAAAUCUUAAACUUUAAAUAAAAUUGAAAAUAAAAUGAAAGAUAUAUGAAGUAUCGGUGAGCACGAGAAAAGCGAAAUAAUCUAUUUUAUUCAAUAUUUGAGAGAUAAAAGAUAACAAUUCUCCAGUCUAAAAAAAUUAAAUAAUUCCAACUUAUAUUCUAAACUUUAGAAAUUAAUAUUUCUCCAAUUGUAUGUCUCUAAGAAUCUUUUUAUUUUAAAAAUAUUUCUCUGUGAAAAGAGAAGAAGAUAUGAAAUAAAUUAAAAAUUUAUGCGAUUAACUCUUCAAACAAUAAGACCUAAUUUUACAUGUAAUGAGUAUUUUUAUCACUUUUCUUGUUACAAUUCGCUUAAUAUCUUUUCAUGAUUAAUUCCUAAAAGAAUUUAUUGAAAAACACAUUUAGGAAUUUAAUAGAGUCAAUUGUCAAUAAUAUUUUACGAAUAGUGAUAUAUGUUAUAUAUAUAGAACUGACUUAAAUAAAUAAAAAGGCAAUAUAAUAAGCACGUAAGAGUAUAUAAGAAAUAUAUUUAUUGCUGUAAAACAAUAACUCAGAGAAGAUAUAUAUAUUGUGUGUGUGUAUAUGU